UAAAAUGGCAAAUUUAAUUAAAAAAGGGAAAAAUAAUAAAAAACGCUAUUCUCAAUUUUUUUUUAAAUGUUUUCUCUCUCUCCCAUCUUCAUCAUAAAUCUAGGGUUUCUAGGAAGUUCGCAGCAAUCUGUAACCUCUUCCCGAAAUCUCUUCUCUCUCUCUCUCUCUUUUUUGAAUCUCUCUUUCCAGCCACAUAUACAAAGAAAUAUACACAUAUAGAGACACAUCAAUCCAAGAGCAUACACAUACAAAGAGGAUUUGUAUCUUAGAUUAAAUAAGAAACUAAAGGAUGGUGAGGGGAAAGACGGAAAUGAAGAGGAUAGAGAACGCAACGAGCAGGCAAGUGACUUUCUCCAAGAGAAGAAAUGGACUUUUGAAGAAAGCUUUCGAGUUAUCAGUCCUUUGUGAUGCUGAAGUUGCUUUGAUUAUCUUCUCUCCGACAUCAAAACUCUAUGAGUUCUCUAGCUCUAGUAUAACAAAAACAAUAGAACGGUAUCAGAGACGUGUCAAAGAAAUUGGAAUUAACCAUAAGAGAGAUGAUGCUGAUUCUCAGCAAGCAAGAGGCGAAACAUAUAGCCUGACAAAAAAGAUUGAGCAGCUUGAGAUAUCUAAACGAAAGUUGCUCGGAGAAGGUAUUGAUGUAUGUUCUAUUGAAGAGCUGCGCCAGUUAGAGAAUCAGUUGGAUCGAGGCUUGACCAGGAUAAGAGCCAAGAAGUACCAAUUACUCCGUGAAGAAAUUGAGAAGUUGAAGGAAGAGGAGAGGAAUCUCAUUAUGGAAAACAAAGAACUGAAUGAGAAGUUGAGUGGAAUGGGAGCAAUAGUAGUAGCAUCAUCAUCAUCAACCUUAACAUCAUCAGAAGUGAACACGGAUGGCAAUGACAAUAUGGAAGUGGAGACUGAUUUGUUCAUUGGACCUCCUGAGCCAAGACAAUCCAAGAAAAUACAUCCUUAAAGUUAAUCACACAACUUCAAAAGAGUGCUAUAUACAAACUUUUGUUUAUGUAUUCUCGUCCAAAUAUUCAGAGAUGUCAAUAAAUUGUGAACAUAUAGUGUGGUAAUCUUUUCUUAAUCAGGGACAUCUCUAAGCUUAGGCGGCGAUUCUUGGUUUCUUGAGUGUUUUGGCAGAAACUCGAAAUAAAUGAUGAUUGUAUAUUGCAGAGAACGUGUUCAGAUUCAUAUACAAAGUCUUUACUCGGAAGAUGAUGCAAAC